GCGGUACCAUAACGUGAGGCCCGUGGUUCGGCUCUAUGACCGAGCAGGGCCCUUGGUGGGGGCUCGGGUGAAGAUGAGCGCGGAUCCAUACUUCGCCCUGCACCAAGGGAAAGCCCUCAUCUUGCAGGGGCGCAACAGGGAGGGCAAGACUACCAACUUCCAAGACUGUCUCACGGUCCAGCUCUUCGGCUACACGAAAACCCAGUACACCAUCAACACCAUCAUCAACACCUACACGGAGAAGCGGCGCCUGCGGGUCUUGCUACGCACUUGGGGUCUGCCGAUCGCCCCGAAGCCGUGCUACGUCAUUGUGGACAAUUUCGAGAAGCUUCUGAGGCGAUUUCCGGAAGAGGCGUUGAGUUGGGCGAACUCCUUGACCAACACUCAGGUUCAAGGAAACUCAGCGCUCCUAUUGAGCCACGUCCUCAGUGAGCAGAAAGUUGAGGACUCGUUUCCGGAUGCAACCGAGCUGAGACAGAACUGCAUGAUCAAUGCCCCGCUGCCAACAAACAUGCUGCAGCGACGGCACAGCGGUCUGGUGGCAAAAGGGACAAACAUGGAGCCUCCCUCCGGCGAGGGUGCGGACAUUGACCUGGAGCUCUUCGGCAAGUGCGGCCGGAACAUCGGGCUGCACAAGCAGGUGCUUGCCGAGAGCAAGAGUGGCGCUAUCGAGAAGGGCAUGGAGGCGACCUUCAUCCGAAAGCAGAUCGCGCGCUGGGAGGUGGACUUUCAUAUCCCGUAUCCCUUCAAGUAUGACGCCAGGACCUUCACGCCGGAGGAAGUGGAGGAUCGCAUGAAGAUCGCUACGAGAUGCUGGAAGUACUUCGGCGAGAUGCAGGUUCUCGACGCCAUGGAGCCCAAGUGGACGAGGAUGCUGGUGAGCGCCGGAGCUUCAGAGCCAGUGGCGAUGUCCCUGGCGGAGCACAUCCGUUGCCUCAUCGGCAACCCAGUGCCACAGAACGAGCAGGGCGAGGGCAUUGCACAGGACUCAUGCGUGUGA